AUGGCAAGCUUCCAACCAAAGAAUCUCAAGAACGGCUCUUCCUCACCUGGAUUUGGUGUGGGAUUGCUUCUAAUUGCUACAGGAGUUGUAGCAUUCGCUCUGAACAAACCAGAGAAGAAAGUAGAGAAAUCUUUUAUGCCUCAAGGCAAGAACUUUGGCCUUAAGGAUUCUUUAAAGGAACAGGUACGUUCCGAUGAAGCAUCGAAUGCCCAAUUCGCGCGUGAGGAAUCAAGAAGGAGGGAGAAGGAGAAUGCUAUCGCCUCUACUAUAGCUGCGCGCUCUCAUGCUCGUAGGCCAUCUGGCCCUGCAUCACCUUCAGAGAUUUACAAAGCAUUCUCACCUCCUACUCCACCUCAAUCCUCCUUCAAAGCCGAUCAAUAA